CGCUUACUCGCGUACAGACAGUGUCCUGGAUAGCCCACACCACCGCCUCCCUCUCCACCGCAUAGGACAUGCUGCUCUGCCCACCAGCACGCGCAACGACGCGAACAUCGCUCGAACGGCUCGCAAUCAAAACAACCAGCCUCGACGCCGACGAAUUCAGCAGCAGCGACGACGAGGCCGACGACACCAGCCCGCCCAAGCGAAAGAGCCUAACCAAACGGAUCGACACUGACCACCCAGGCUCGCGGUCAGCGCGGCUCGCACGCCGGCUCCCGAGCGUGGCCGAAGGGAGCCAAUCGCUCAAGCUGCCGCGCCGGUCGCUAGCCGCCACCGACCCUUCCUUUUUCACGACGGCAGACCGCUCCUCGCCCGACGUCUCGGCCGAUCCACAGAUGCCACCAUCUCCGGCCGACCCUCGCAAGCAGAUGAAGCGCGUGGCGGAGGCGGCGGCCAGCGGGACGAGCUUGGCAGAGCCCGUGCUUGGCACGGCCUGGACAGAGCCUGAGAUUGCUCAGUGUGCUCAGUGGACUGAGCCUGUGGGCUGGGCCCAUGAGCCCUUCGCUCCAGGCUGGGCCUUCACCGGCAGUUGGACGGGUGGGGCAGUCCCGCCGAUGAUGGUGUGUCCUCAGCCCUCGGUGCUAGUGCGGAUGCCUGUGCAGAUGGGGCUGCAGAUGGCGCCGAUGCAGAUGGCGCCGCCAACGUGCUACGAGUAUUCGAUGC